AUGGUAAAUAACGUGGUGGACGCAAUGAUAAAGUCAAGAUUUAAGAUGCUUUACGCGGACAAGCCAAAGCAAAAGAACAAUUUGCCGCAGCACACAAUACCGCGUUCGAUAAGAAAUGUUGUGAGAAAACAGCUACAACCGUGGCUCGGCAUGACAGAAGAAGAAAAACAAUACAUCGAUUUUUUCAAUGCCAUCCUCAACAGCGAGUACGAACUGGAUAAGGAUAAUUACUUCAAUCUCCUGAAAAUCAUGAUGUACGUGGAAGAAGUUUACAACGAAAAGGAGCUCGAGACAUAUAACAUGUGGGACCAAAAAGUCGAACAAGUUAUUUUCAACGAUUCAGAAUACUUGAAGAUAAAAGUCGAGGGCCUGGCCGAAGAGAGUCCUUCAGUGUUAGUUAAUGAUCAAAUGAGACUGACCAACGUUUUCAACAAAUACGCAUACAUUGUCAAAAUAAAACACAUCCUUGCAGAUUCGGUGUUAGUCAUCCCACAGUGCUACGAACAAUAUGAAAGAGAUCUCGCCAAGGAUCAUCAGCCCAAGGAUAAGUAUAACAUCGAGUUCAUACAAAACACUUAUCCAUAUCAAUGUUGCCAUUACGCAUUGUCGUUGAUCGAUAGUUACGAGUUGACUCGGCAAUUGUUUCCUGAUAAAGUACGGGCUGUUAAUAAAGUGCCAUCGAGCGAAGGCAUCGUUUGGUUCAAUAGAUGCAUAGGAGACAAUGCCGAACAACGAAAGGCUGUGGUUAACAUAUUGAAUAAGUCGUCGUGUGGCUUGCCGUAUAUUCUGUAUGGGCCACCAGGUACCGGGAAAACAGCAACGCUCAUCGAAGCUAUUUGUCAGGCGACCAUGAGUAGUUCUUGUAAAAAAAUCUUAGUAUGUACUCCUUCCAAUGAUACAGCCGACAGCAUAGCGAAAAAAUUACUCAAGUACAUUAACAAAAAAGACUUGCUUCGCAUGUACAGCUUUUCAAAAGACCCAAAAACCAUUGACAAAGAACUCAUUGAAAUCUCGAAUGUUAAGAAAGAGGGGAUUGCAUCAGUUUCCAUUUCUGAUAUAUCAAAAAUUAUCAUCACAACACUAUGCACGAGUACCAGGUUGUCGCUACUAAAUUUAAGAGUCAAUUUUUUUUCGUACGUCUUUAUUGAUGAAGCUGGUCAAGCAACCGAACCAGACGCAAUCAUACCCCUGCUUUUGUUGAGCAGCGCGAACCAACAUGAAAAAGGCCGAAUUCACGGACAGGUAGUUUUAGCUGGAGACCCAAAGCAAUUGGGACCGGUAAUUUUCUCAAGGAUCUCGAAAAAAGUAUUAGGUUGGUAUAAUUUUUAUGAAAAAGAUGACGUAAACAAUGAAUACGAUGAAAGAUUCAUAACGAAGCUAAUAAAUAAUUACCGUAGUCAUCCGUCGUUAAUUCACGUUUCAAAUCAAUUGUUUUACGAGGGAGAACUGAACUGCGUGAUUAAACACGAGGAAGGCUUAGGCUGGUCGGGGCUUCCAAAUUGUGAAUUCCCGAUGGUCUUCAAACAAGUGUGGGGCAAAGAGGAGAAAAAUUUCAAGUCUCCUAGCUCCUACAACCAAGCUGAGAUGCGAGCCGUGAUGCAGUGCGUAUACGACCUCAUCAACGACAAACAGUUCAAGCCAAAAGACAUCGGCAUCGUAACUCCCUUCAAAGCUCAAAAGCUCAAACUAAAGACCAUGUUACAAGACGACGGCCUGAACGACAUCGAGGUGGGAACGGUCCAACUGUUCCAGGGUAGAGAGAAAGAAGCAAUCAUCAUGACGACUGUGAGAAGCGAGUACUUAACGCACAACGGCGUGCGACACGUAGGAUUCCUCUCGGAUCCACGGCUCUUCAAUGUCGCGCUCACGCGCGCCAAGUCUAUGCAGAUAAUCAUUGGGAAUCCCCAGGUGUUGGAGAUCGAUAACAAUUGGAAGUACCUCAUAGACUAUUGUCAUCGGUUCAAUGCUGUCACAGGUGGCGUUGAAAUCAAGCUUGCGCCCGUGAAAAAUCGUAAAACAAAGAGCAGACGCCGAGCAAUUAACCCGGCCGCAGCACCCCUCUGCCAAAGUUUGGAGAAGAGCGAGGUUACAGCGAAUAGUAAUGAUAAGAGCCCUACCAAGGAGCAUAAGGAGCGUGAAAAAGAUGUCUGUUCGCUUCUUAGCUCUCUAAGCGUGAGGGAUGACGCGUAUGAGGAUCAAGUUGAGGAUGUAGUGAUGGCCGUGAGGGACAACCCGACGUAUGUCGAGCUGGCGAAUAGGUGCGAGCGCUCAAGGACUUCGGCUGAGAGCUCCCUCGGUAGUUCUGCAUACAGCUCUGUGACGAGCUCCGAAUCGAGUAGCGAAUCAGACUCUAAUUCCGAGUCGAGCUCUGAAUGCUCGUCUUCUUCGAAGGACGAGAGGGAGGAAUCAGUUUUUACUGAGAUCAAGCUGCGUGUUCAAUGGCGAAAGCCCGUGCUGAGUAAUAAAUAG